CUUUCAAAUUUCAAACCGUUAUCAUUCCACGCUCACGCAAACAUAUUGAUUUGCUUUAGUUCGCUCGAGAGUCGAGGGUUUUCAAGCGUUUAAUCAAUGGCGGAUGUUCAGGAAGUCGAUUCAGCCUUCUUUACGCCAAAAACGAAAAAGAGAACAGUCGUUGAGGCUUUGGAUGAUGACGAUGACACGCCUUUGAGACCUAUCUUCUGUUUAAAGAGGAAAUCCGCCAUUAAAGAGUUCGACGAUAAAGAAGACUGUUUCAUUCUUGAUUUCAAUCCAGAAGAAGAUUCCGUCGAUCUCUCAAAGAAGGAUGUCGAAAAUGGUCACCAAAACAACCCCCAUGAUUCUCCCGAUGUUUCCCUAAUCCAUGAAAAGGGACAGGUGGCGUGUAGAGAUUAUCCCCAUUCCAGACAUUUAUGUGUAAAGCAUCCAUUUACGAAGACACCUCAUGAAAGCUGCUGUAAACUGUGCUACUGUUUUGUGUGCGAUGUCCCUGCACCUUGCAUGUAUUGGACUGGUUCAAAUGGCCAUUGUCAUGCUAUUGACAAUGAAGGUUGGAAGUCUAUGAAGGAUGUCUUUAGGAGAAAAUCCAUGAAGACUCACUUAUUCUAAAUGCUUUUUUUAUCUCAAGGUUUUGUGUUUAUAUGCUUAUUGGCCAACCAAAUCCCAAUUGGCCCUUUUCUAAAUAGUGUAAAAAGGUUUUGAAUUUGGAUAAUGAGCAAGUUAUGGUAUUUGAAAUGGAUCAUGGGGCAGUUUGUGCUAACCAUUU